AUGGCCCCAAAGAAGACCAAGAAGACAGCCGACAGCAUCAACUCGCGCUUGGCGCUGGUGAUGAAGUCUGGCAAAGUCACCCUCGGAUACGAGUCAACUCUCAAGACUCUCCGAUCUGGCAAGGCCAAGUUGGUCAUUAUCGCCGGAAACACUCCCCCUCUUCGAAAGUCGGAGCUCGAGUACUACUCUAUGCUGUCCAAGACCAAUGUUCACCACUUUGCUGGCAACAACAUUGAACUGGGUACUGCCUGCGGUAAACUCUACCGAUGCUCUACCAUGGCCAUCCUAGAUGCUGGUGACUCCGAUAUCCUGACUGGUUCCACCGCAUAA